ACUACCACCUUGACUACCAGCAUUUCAACUUGCUGCCUUUCCUUCCCUUUCCUUAUUCCGUUUACGCCCCCUUUUCUAUCUCCUGUCUACUGAGGCUUGAAAAGGGUUCCAGCGAAAGGCCUGCAGAAUUGCUGAUUGAAUCGCCAGGCUAGCCAGCAACCAUCCUACCUGGGUUUACAAGGAAAUCUUGAAAUAUCAUUCCCUUCCAAUUUACUUCCAUCAUAACCACCAGAUAGAUGAUUAGCCAAUAUAGAUCACUACUCCACCAUUUGAUAGGAUAGCAUAUGGAGCUUGAUUGUAAUGUGAAGAUUAUUAUGUGACGGCUUGUGACUGUUUCAUAAAAUGCCCAUGAGUAUUAUAUUUCAGAGCUCAUCAAGAUAUCAGGUGGAUGACAUCUUGGAUGAAGUCAUCAAUUUGGAGUCAGCCUUUGGAGAUGAAUCUCUGACACAAUACUUCCAAGACCCAUCCAAACUCUCAAUGCCUAACACAAUGCCAGUAACAACACAGAAUUUCUUAGAAUCGCCUUUCACGAACAACAAGAUGGCACCUUACAUGACCAACCAGCAGUCAUCAUCUUGCCCUUCUGAACUUAAUAAGGUGAAAACAGAACCAGUCCCUUAUCAUGAUGAUCAAGUCCGAGCCAUUGCCAAAGAACGACAGAAGAAAGAUAACCACAAUAUGAUUGAGCGAAGGAGAAGAUUCAACAUCAAUGAUCGCAUCAAAGAACUGGGCACCCUCAUCCCUAAACACAUGGACCCUGACCAGCGACAGAAUAAAGGAACUAUACUCAAGUCAUCUGUAGACUACAUCCGUAAGAUGCAGAAAGACCAAUCAAGACAUAAAGAGGUUGAAGGAAGACAAAGACAACUGGAGACUAUUAAUAGAAGGAUGAUGCUUAGGAUACAGGAGCUGGAGAUGCAAUGUAAGCGUUUCAACAUCAAUACUGACGCUCUGAGUCCUGAUACAAGCACAGAAGCUAUUACAUCAGAGUUCAUGCGUCUUCAAGGAUCUGACAUUGACUUCCAAGUCAAGGUAGAACCAGGGACGUGUCCACCGCUCUCUCAGCGGCAACAACUCCAGUUGCAGCAACAUCAGCAACAACAGCAGCAGCAUCAUCAGCAGCAACAACAACAACAACAGCAGCAACAGCAACAACUCCAGACUGAUAAUCAGGUCUUCAUGCAACAUCAGCACAGCCCGGGCAGUACUUAUACCAACGGACUCUCAGCUGAGGCUGCUAACUAUAUGGGUGAGGCUUCAACUCCUACCAUGGAUGACAUCCAGAGUGAUGCAGACUCUCCAUCGGGUGAUCCCCUCCUUUCUCAAUCUCCGAUGGCCACUUCCCUACACAGUAGCCGACGAUCGAGCCUGACAAGCCUAGAAGACUUGCCUGAUGGUCUACAGCAGCACCACCAUCAUCAUAACACAGACUUCCUAUCGUAACCUUGUGACCAUUAUGUGUACCACACACAGAGGCAUCAACGUGUGUAAGGACCUGAUGGUAUCUACUCCUAAUUAACACCAAACUUAUGGAGUGGAACUGAUUACUCCCGCUGGUCGGUGAGAUGUAUAAAGUCUACAGUGGUUUGCCACUGUAGUGUAUAAACCACUGAGCUUAUAAAAUAGGAUGGAUAACUAACGAUGGGGAUCCAUUGUAAUCUUUAUUGAUGGUUAGUGUAACUGGUUUACAUUAAUCCAUUUUAUUGAUACAGUCAACUUAGUUUUUUUUUUUUAAUUACAGGUGUAGUAUUAUGCCAUACUUUCAAUUUAAAAUCAGAUAAAUGUUAUGGGAUCAGAAUGAGAUUGUAGCUUGAAAUUGAUAAUUUGAAAAAUGAAAAAAUAAUAAUAAAUUUUAGAUCUCUUGAGUAGACAAAGAAAUACAUUCACACUUAACAGGUUAAAGUGAUCAAAAUAGCGCUGGUAGCUAUCAUGGUCCAAGCGAAUGGUGAAUAGGAGAGGAUAAAAAGAGAAAUAGUGAAUUAAUGUACUACCAACCAUGGAAUAUAACAAAUAAUAAAAUAUUUCUAAUAUGAGUUAUGAGUGUAUUUUGUGCUACAAAACAGAAUCAUAUGAAACUAUGUCAUAGACUGAUACAAUAGUUGAUACAAUGCAUUCCCAUUAGUGAGUGUUCCAUCCAGAAUUCCAUCUUGAAAAUGGAAAUGUAAUUGCAUUGAAAUAAUGUGAGAUGAGAGUAAAAAUUAUGAAUUACAAAUCUAUAUUACGGCUUAUUAAGAAUAUUAUUCUGCUUAUGUGUUUGAGUGUUAUACAGCGUUUGUGAAUGCUAGAAGCAUGUACUUGUCGUGUUGAUUUGAGUUGAUUAACUCAACUAUUUUUGUUUUGGUUUCUAUAUUUCCAAAGUUCAUUUCUGACAUGAACAUAAUAUCUACAGUCUGUCAAUGUGAAUCACGAAUUAAUGAUAGUUGGUAGUAAGAGUAAACAACAUAUAUGCAUUGAAACAUUAACUUUGGACUAGAAAUAUUAACAAUGCUAGAUAUAUUUUUGAUAUACUCUGCUGCUUAUUUUUCAUAUAAACUAAUAUAAAACAAAGUAUAUACAUGUUUGGCCAUGAAACUUUCAUGAUAUAUCUUAUGGAUUUUUGUUGGUAUGUCGAUUGUCUUGUUGGUUUGAGGAUAUAUGGGUAGUAUUUUAUUUGUUAUAAACAUUACAACUUGUUUUAAAUAGCAACUUGCCAUUUGAUUUUAGUACAAAAAAGUAUGAACUUUGAUAAUCUCACACUUUAUAUAAAUCAGAAUAUAUCUUAUGUAUGUGGAGUAUUAACUUCUAGACCAAGUCUGAUAUAUGUUCAGAUAGAAUUUAGUGGAAGAUGUUGAAGCAUGUACAGAUUAUUACAGAGCUAUUUUUACACCUUAUUAUGAUGACUUUUGCAUUUAUCUUUUACAGAGAUUAAUAUCAAAGAUAUGUGUACAUACAAGAUAUUGAUGAGAGUAUAACACUAUAUGCAUGUAAGCCAACCAACUACAUUUUGAGAAAAAGUUUUAGAAAGAAAAUAUAAUAAUUUUCUGAUUUCUGACACAUUAGCUGAACGAAUGAAAAAAAAAUCAUAGAUUGUUUGAAAUACUAUCAAUGUAUCUGAUUUGUAUAUUGUAACUUAUUGUUCUGUUUUGAUAAUUGUUAUUCAUUUUUAAUAACACUUUGGCAUGUAUUUCUUCAUCUUAUAUACUUAAAUAUUAUUCUUUCUUUCUUUUAAGUUGACUGUUUAGUAGGAGCCCUCAGUAGUUGCAAGAUAUUGAUUUCACUUCUGAAUAGGGUUUUAUUUAAAAGUUUUUAAAGGAAGAACUGAUGAUGGAACUUGAAGUGUGCUUGGCACAUUGUCACAAGGUUGAUGGAAGUCUGUUCCUCACUCUCAACCUGCUGUUGCUAUGGUAACAAUAUGAACAGGACUCUUUGUAAAUAGAUGAUUUUAUUUGUUAUUGAGAAACAUGCUGAGUUAUGUUAGUUGUUGCUGUAUUUGUUUUAUUUAUGUCUAUUUGUCAAUCAAUGAGGUAUGUCUUACACACCGUUUUACGUUUUCCAUUAUGUGUUGAUGAUUUCAUGACUAGGUUUGGUUGCUCUAAGGCUGUACUGACCUAAGGCAUUAAUAGCAUUAGUUUAUUAUGAGUAAUACAAUAAAGCCAGCAUAAAGUUCACAUUUUGUCAACUCUGUAGCAGUUUUGGACAAACGACAAGACCCAAAUGAAUCUUCUUUGGACAAGAAGCAAGUUGAGUCAAUUCAUUGAAUAAAAAGAUGUGUUUAACCUUUUCACCAAUAUCUGUAGUUUUACAAAGAUGGAUCUUUCCAGAGUACUACAAACUACUCAACUGUCAGGAGUUUUCUAAGAAAAUAUCCCUUCCCCAUUUCUUUAAAUUAGAUAUUCAAUGUUUCUUGUUUUCAUGCAGAUAAUUGUCCUUAUUGAUUUUAAACGUUCUACUUUCAUUUAUCAACCAGUUAUGCUUUUAAUUUGCAACUUCAACACAAUUUACACUAAUGCAUUGCAUGAGCAAGUUUGAAGAAACAUUACAUAUUGUGCAUGCUGUGAUGAUCUUAUGGUGUAAGUUUUUGUUUUAAAUGAAAUGCAUGAUUUAAUACAAAGGGAUAAUUGUAUGAUAGCUGUGUGCUGUGCACUCUGCUUUUAUAUGAAACUCUCCAUGAAAUAUGUUGAAUGAAAAUGGUUCAAAAUUUCAUUAGAUUUUGUAAGGAAUCAAUGUUUUAUGUGAAUCAAAUUGAAGCAAUAAUAGUUCAAUCCUUGUCUCUUAAGAUAAGAACUGAAGAAUAAAUUGUUUUGACUUAAUAUUGAAUUUAAACAGUGUUAGAUCCGAUAUAAAGGUCAUAUAAUUUGAACAAAUAAACACAUAUGGGAUGGAAAAUCAAUCUUUACUGUUAAUAUUUUUCACCAAACAAUGUGGAAAUACCUAUUUGGAAUCAUGGAUCUAUGAAAUGCAAUAAAUGCAUCACUUUGGCUUAAUGUUGAAUUCUUUACUGGUAUCAUCAGAAACUAUCAUGUAUUCUGCAUUUGGAAUGUGUCAUUUCCUACCCCUGAAUUCUAAGCAAUUUAAAUCCAUUCUGAAAUGACAGUUGAUAAAAUACAUUUGGAAUUUUAGAUUAUUAUUAUAAAGAUCAACAAAGUUUGUGUCUUGGAUUUCCCAUCUGUAAUGUUCUCAGAAACUUAGUUGUACAGAUUCUACAUGGAUGAAAUCAUUAAAACUGACCACCUGUAUGAAUGAAAGCCAA